GUCUUACCAGGAUCAGCAAAUAAUCGCGUUAUCUGGAAUGAGCUGUAUAUCAUGUUUGGAAGAUGCUACAUCUGUAGUACAAUUUAUAGAGAUAUUUUCCGAGGAAGGCCUCCAGUUGAACAUCUGCGAUGUUAUAUCACAACAUCUCUGGUUAAGACCGGAGAGGAAAACAUGCGAUGGUCAACGCAUUUGUUGGACAUGCUGGGAGGCUUUGCGCGACUUCCAUGUAUUUUAUUUACGUGUGGCUGAGUUGCACAACCACUGGGAUUGGAAAUAUUCACAUGGGAAGGAAGCGGAGCCUUGUGCGCAGGAAAUCGAAUUAAAACCCGAAAUUGUUCAUAUGGCCGAUGCUCUUGAAAAUUUAGAAGAAAGAUUUGUGGAUUCAGAAAUAAAAGUAGAGGCACAGGAUAUAGAUUCGCUGUUGCAAAUUGAAUUCAUCGAUGAACCUAGACCAAAAGAUAAAAAUGUUAAAUUGGGGAAACGACGGGGACGCCCACGCAAAAUCGAAAAUGCAGCCGUAACCAAAGCCAACAAAAUAUAUGUGGAUCAAAUACCGGUUGCAAAUGAUAAUGACUCCGAAACUGAGCUACCUUUAUCUGUUUUGUUGAAGGGUGUUGGCAAAACUGAAGCUAUUGAAAAUAAAUCCUCUAUUGUUAUAACACCUGAUAAUGAGAAACUAAAAUCUGAAAAGCAUAAUCUACCUACUGGGGAUCAACCUCCAAAAAAACGUCGGGGCCGACCGAGAAAAGUAGUUAUUGAAGAGCCUAUGAAACCGUGCGAAUCCGUCAAAAAUUCUGGCAAAGAACAUACUAAAGGCAAUGUUCAAAAUAACGAAGCAAAUGAUCAAAAUCAGGAAUUCUCUAUUAAUAAUGACGACCAUGAAAAUUACAAUGUUGAAUUUGAGCCUAUUGAUUUGGCUGGAACAGCAGAUAGCGGUAGUUCAAGUAGUUAUAACACAGAUUCGGAUGAAAGUUUUGAACCAAAACGGAAAUAUGCUAUCAUUCCGAAAAGAAAGGUUGUCAAGCCCAAAAAAUACCGUAAGCGACCGAAGCCUCUUAUACCUCCCAAACGCAUGACCCGUGAAGAAAUUGAAGCAAAAAAUGCACAACAAGAAGAGUAUGAAAUAGUUAUUAAAACAUUUUUAAAACUACUUUCAUGUCCAAAAUGCGAGUUGCUGGUAAAAAAUUUUGCCGAAAUUCGUGCGCAUUUUCGAGCUUCUCAUAACGAUGAACCGUCAUUUUUGAUGUGUUGUGGACGCAAAUUUUUUACAAGAAAGACCCUGGCCGAGCACAUUUAUAUACAUGGAAAUCCAGAAUAUUUCAAAUGCAAAACUUGUGGACAAAUUUUUAAUAAUAGUCGCAGUCUACAGGAACAUGAAGAUGCGCACGUUAAUCCAUUAAAGGCAAAGGAAACAAAAACAUUCCCAUGUGAAAAAUGUGAAAAAGUCUACUCGUCAAAUGUAUCUCUUGAGAACCACAUCUUCUCAAAGCAUGUUCCAAAAUCAGAAUAUAAAAUCAAUUGCACGCAAUGUACUCGUAUCAAAAAAUUUCCGACUCACCGUGCACUAAAAGAUCACAUAAAAAAAUCCCACGGUGCCACAGUCAUAUGCGACAAAUGUGGUAAGCUGGUGCGUGUAAGUUAUUUGAAGAAACACCACAUGUUAGAACAUUCUGAUGAACCGCGACCAACUCCUGAACCGAAGCAGUGCCAAAUAUGCGGAGCAUGGCUUCGUCAUCAAUAUGGCCUUAACCAGCAUAUGAGGACAAUACAUGAAAACCAAGACUGCGAGCAUCGUUGUAAGAUUUGCAAUAAGGUUUCGACAACCGCUCGGGCUCUUAAGCGUCACAUUCAUCACAAUCAUGAAUGUGAGCGUAAAUUCAAAUGUACCAUGUGUGAAAAAGCUUUUAAGCGACCUCAAGACCUUAGGGAGCAUACCUCUGUGCACACUGGCAAAGUGUUGUACGUUUGUCCGAACUGUUCAAUGACGUUCUUCUCAAGCGCCAAUAUGUAUAAACAUAGGCAACGACGGCAUCGUCUCGAAUGGGAAGCUGAACGUAAGAAUCGUAAUAUGCGAACUUUUAAUAUCAUGAAAGAGUCAAAGGAGCAAGCAGAAGGAAAACAAAAGGUGCCAACUUCUAAUUUCAACAACAUCAUCAUACGAAGGAUGUUUGACAAACUAUCAUGUAUUUUGUGCUUGGAAAAAGCCAACAAUUCCAUCGAUAAAAUUAAUAUCGAUUCUGAUGAUUCGGAAGCAGUAAAUGCCCGUGGGAUAAUUGAGCAACACUUCAAGGAUGAGCUCAGUAUGAUGUCAUUUUUCUCCACGAAAGUUGUGUGCAGCCAAUGCUGGGAAUUGGUCCAGUCUUUUCAUGAAUUUUAUGUACGUGUGCAGAAUGCUCAUUUGGCAGCAAUGAACACGCUGAAAUCUUUGCAAGAGCUAGAGAUAUCUGUGACAGAAAUAAAAGAAGAGCCAGAUGUUAUAGAUGAGUUAGCAUCACCUCCUAAACGUCGACGUGGCCGUCCUCGUCGUCAAAAGGACUUCGAUAACCUAGACUGUGAGUCGGUUGCCUUAAGAGAAUGCAGUGUUAGAAUAGAGCAACUGACUGUCCCUUAUAACACAAUUAGCAAUGACAACAAGCAAGAUAAGAGUAUUGAAAAUGUGGAUAUUAAAAGUGAAGAUGAGUAUAAAGAAGAAUGCUACCAUCCAAAUAUAUCUGAAGAUGGAUCACAAAUUGAAAUGCCUGAUAUACUCAGUAGGCAUGAGGAUGUCUUGGCGCCUUCUCCGCCACAAAAAAAGAAAGUUCGUACUAAACGAAAGCAAAAAAGAAAGCGAAGUGACCAAAAGCCAGAGACAAAGAAGAAUAAUAAACCGCGGCAUAAAACGUCGGACUAUGACGAAUAUAUUGCCGAUAAUUUUAAAUUAGUUUGCUUUCUUUGCCAGAAGACAUUAACAGAUUUUAGAGAACUCAAAAUUCAUUUUCGACAGCAACACCAAAUGAAUGGCUAUGUAAAAUGUUGCGGCAAGAAGUUACUGAAGCGAGGUGUACUCGUUGACCAUAUUCACUUCCACAAUGACCCGGAAUACUUCAAAUGUCCGCACUGUGCAAAAUUAUUGUCAGACCGGAGAGGGCUCGAAACGCACCUUCAAUUUUUCCAUGGUUCGAGAGAACGUACUUUUAGUUGUGACGUUUGUUCUAAGGGAUUCUUUCGCCGCGAAGUACUUGCUCGACAUUAUCUUCUACAUGCUCCAGAUGAACAAAAGACUGUUAAGUGUACGCAAUGCGAAAAAACUUUCUGUAAUGAAUACAAUAUGAAGCAGCACCUAAAGCUAGUCCAUCUACAUUUGUAUUCGAAGAUUUGUGACAUUUGUGGGAAGUCUUUCAACGGUGGCGACGCGUUUCGUCGGCAUCAGCAAGAGCAUUUGGGCUUACCGAGGCCAAUGAUUAAAUGUGAAUUGUGUAAUGCUGAACUUACGACAAAAUAUGGCUUAGCGCGACAUAUGAAAGUAAUGCACACUGAGGAGUACCAGACGCCGCAAGUCUGUCCUAUAUGCUCCAAAGUGUCUCCAACUCUCAGAGCGCAUCAUACACAUUUUAAAUAUAUGCACGCCACCGAGCGAAAACAUGCUUGCAAACUUUGUGACAAAGCUUUUAAAAGACCUAAUGACCUACGCGAACAUAUGACAACUCAUACUGGAGAAGUUCUAUAUACUUGUACAUUUUGCCCGCAAACAUUUAAUUCAAAUGCGAAUAUGUACGCACAUCGCAAGCGGAAGCAUCCUAAGGAAUGGGCAGAACAAUGUGCCAAGAAAAAAACUAUGGGCCUGGGAAAGCAGAUACAAAAAGAUCUUGAGACCAUAAUAGAAUCCGUGGAUGUAGUGGAUACAGACGGGCAAAAAUAAAAGGAAAAUAUAUAGUAUAGCUCUACAAAUAAAAAAAAAGCAGUCCAUACAUAUGUAUGUAUACAAUUAAUUUUUUUCUGAAGGACAUAUUGUGGGUAACUUAUGAGUAUACGUUUGCACUAUAAUAUUAAUAAUAGGUGAUACGAUUUACUAACAUGUAUGUAAGUAUAUGAGAAGUAAUUUUCUUCAAAUUUGGUAAUUUUAUGCCGAAAUGUUAAUUCUUAAAUUAAUAAAACUGGCUAUCUUGCAUUGAUUUUGGUUAUAAAUUUUCAGUUGUAUAUUUUGAGGGAAUUUUCGCCUAUGC